UUUAGUUUCUUUUCUUUUUUUCUUUCCUAGAAACAGAAAAUAUUCCAUCUAAAUUUAGCAAUCUCUGUCUUCCCUUUAUAGACUAGCUAUAACCCAAAAAGGAAUUGAAAGACAGAAGAAAGAUUUAAACCUUGGCUUUCCUCUCUUCAUAUUCACAUUUCUUGGGGAAAGGAGAAGAAGAAGAAGAAGAAGAAGAAGAAUGGGUCGUGGAAAAAUAGAGAUCAAGAGGAUCGAGAAUGCAAAUAGCAGGCAAGUUACUUUCUCCAAGAGGCGUGCUGGUUUGCUCAAGAAGGCUCAUGAGCUCUCUGUUCUUUGCGACUCUGAGGUUGCCGUCAUUGUCUUCUCCAAGUCCGGCAAGCUCUUCGAGUUCUCAAGUACUAAGUGCAUGAAGAAAACGCUUUUGAGGUACAGCAACUACAACCCUUCUUCAGAUGCUCCUCUGAUUAAUUAUAAACCAGAGAACCAGGAGGAGGAUUGUACAGAGGUGGACCUUUUAAAGAGUGAGAUCUCAAAGCUUCAAGAGAAACAUUUACAAAUGCAAGGUAAGGGCUUGAAUGCUCUGUGCUUGAAAGAGCUGCAACACCUUGAACAACAACUAAAUCUCUCGUUGAUAUCUGUGAGAGAGCGAAAGGAACUAUUGUUGACUAAACAACUUGAAGAAUCACGGCUCAAGCGGGCAGAGCUGGAAAACGAGACCUUACGUAGACAGGUUCAAGAACUCAGAAGUUUUCUCCCGUCCAUCAACAAAAACUAUGUUCCAUCCUACAUCAAAUGCUUCGCUAUAGAUCCCAAAAACUCCCUUGUAAACAACUCUGGCUUGGACGACACUAACUACAGACUCCAGAAGACCAAUUCAGACACAACACUUCAAUUGGGGUUGCCGGGAGAAGCACAGGCUAAAAGGAAGAGUGAAGGAAACAGAGAGAGCCCAUCAAGUGAUUCAGCAACAACGAGCACCACCAACUGCACAGAGGAUCACCUGAAAACGAAAGCCAAUGGUUCUCCGUUUAGCCACAGAGAAAUAUGGGAGUGAAGCACAUAAUGUUUCCUCUGUAGCAAGUAUCCCAUCUAUUUCAAAACCAAUGUUACUAGAGAAGAAUACAAUGAAUCUCAUCUCCCA